AUGGCUACUUCGGCGCGAGGACCGCCAGGCACUGUCGCCGUCUCCAAAGAGGGAAUCCCGAAUCGCACAUUAUACGUGCGCAACCUUCCCGACAAGCUACAAAAAGAAGACCUUAAGCGGAACUUGUACAUGCUGUUCGCGACAUAUGGCGUCAUACUCGAUGUUGUCGCGCUCAAGACCAUGAAGAUGCGAGGCCAGGCGCACGUUGUCUUCCGCGACGUCGAUUCCUCAACACAGGCUAUGCGCGCUCUACAGGGCUUCACUUUCUUUGGCAAGGACAUGCAAAUCGCAUACGCAAAGACCAAGUCCGACACAGUAGCCAAGCUAGACGGCACCUACAAGAUGCCCGAGCCGGAGCGCGAAGACGAGCCCGAACAAGCGUCUGCACAGCCCGCAGGCUUCGGUACCGCACCCGAGAAAGCAGUUCCGGUCAAUGCACAAGACGCCGCCAAGGGUCAGAAGAGGGGGCGUGACGAAGAAGAGGAGGAUGAGAACUCGGACGCGGAGAUGGAGAUGGAUGUCAGCGACGACUCGGACUAG